AUGAGAGUAUCGUGCGAAUUGAACUCGUGCCCGACCUCGAAACGUGCCGAAAAGACCUGCUGGACGGAAAACGAACACCGUCUCCAGACAGCAAUACCUAUUCGAAUUCACUCAGAAAACGACAAUCACGAUAUCACCGCCCACCAAAUACUUCAUCAACACCCCACAAAAACUAUCCACAGUCACCCCAACCACACUCUAUUCACUUCUCACCUCACACGGAAUCUACCUCCGGGUCCUGCAUCUACGACCCAUACCUCGAAUCCGAUUUGGAUGAGGAAAUCACCGACGACGACGACGACACAAAAAAGGGUGCAGCUUGGUUCAAUCCUGUUGUCCCUGGGCUUUUCCCCUCGAUGGAUAUACGUGACACGAACCAAUUUGCGUCGCCAGAGAUUCUUCCUUUGGUGCCCUCAUAUUCGGUGGACGACCCUGCUGCGUAUAUAUGACAUAUAUGACACGCGUUAUGGACUUAUGGCUGGCUUAUAUAGUCUAAUGAAUGCAUUUUAUUCUCUGUCGGUUGGUUAUCGUAGCGCUGGGGUAAAAGUUAAAUAUAGUGGGUGUUUGGGCCCACGCACACCUGAAAAAUUAUUUCGUGAACAAGAAGUUGAAAACGACAUGCAUCGUCACAUGAGGUUUUUAUCAACCACUGCGGUGCGAUCGGUGUGGUCUGACUUCACCAAGCGACCCGCGUCACUCAAAGUAGCAAACGACGCUGUUAGAAAAUGUUUGAUAUCGGGUAUAGACCCCGAUGUGGGACCGGCUUCCAUCACUGAACCGGCACAAAAAACUGCCUACCAUUCACCUUUACACAUUGACGAGGUGUUCCAGGCUUCGUACAAGUUGCUUGAGGAGCAGAGCGAGAAGUAUUAUUCCAAAAUUGACGAACUUGAGGCGAAAAAGGCAACCGUUGAAGAUGAGGACCUGAAAAUAAAACUCCAAAAAAGAAUCGAUCAGUUGCGUUUAAAGGCUGAAGACAAGAACCCCGAAGUGUUGUACAACGCCAGGUUUGCUCCUGGGACUAUGGACCCUACACAGCCCGUGUAUCGCAAGUACAUGAAGGAAGCAUGGAAGGACUACGACUUGAUGAUCACCAUGCAACGGGUAGAACAGCUCAAAAUGAUCCCAGACACUCUUCCUACUUUUGAGCCCACCACUGAUGUCAAGGUGAAGUUUCCUCAUAACACAGAAGCCGAAUUUGUGGGUGCCAUAACUCCCGGAACCAUUCUCCCAACCUUUGCUGUUUCCAGACCUCCACAAAUUUCAGUGACAAACUUCGAUAGCAUUCAGGAUAAAGCAUUGUACACAGUGCUUCUCGUGAACCCGGAUACGCCCGAUUUGGAGGCCAAUUCGUUCUCAACUACUCUUCAUUAUGGCCUUCACAAUGUUGCCUUGGACAACGUCAAUUGCACCAUUGAUCCCAAGCUCGACAGUGACCCUCAUGUAUUUAAAAGCUACGAGCCCUUGGUACCCGAAAAAAACGCUCAGCUUCAAAGAGCGUGUCUUUGGGUGUUGAAACAAUCGCAGCCAUUGCACAAUGUGACUGUUGAAAAAACCUCCAAAUUUGAUAUUCGUGCUUUCGUUGAAAAACACGCUCUUGUACCUGUUGGAGCCCACAUAUGGAGACAGCAAUUUGACCGCAGUGUCAAUGCCAUACGUGCCGAAUAUGGCCUUCCUGCUGGCCGAGUCUUUGCUCGGGUCCGCAGACCUCAUCCCAUGCCUUGA